GGGCUAAGCUUGGGUCUCAUGUGUGCUGCUUGUUUGCCCAUAGGAAGAUCUGGAAGCUCUCAUAGCCCAUUUCCAGACACUCGAUGCCAGCAAGACCCAGACUGUGGAAAGCCCAUGCCCCCCGCCCUCUCCACGACCUUUUUGUAUAACGAGCUCUAUGUCUACAACAUCAGAAAGGACUCCUGGACCAAAGUCGACAUCCCCAGCCCCCCUCCAAGGCGCUGUGCUCACCAGGCGGUGGUGGUGCCUCAAGGUGGCGGGCAGCUGUGGGUCUUUGGAGGGGAGUUUGCAUCUCCUAGCGGGGAGCAGUUCUACCACUACAAGGAUCUCUGGGUCCUGCACUUGGCCACCAAGACCUGGGAGCAAGUCAAAUCAACAGGGGGUCCUUCGGGUCGGAGUGGACAUCGGAUGGUGGCCUGGAAGAGACAGCUGAUCCUCUUUGGUGGCUUCCAUGAGAGUGCACGGGAUUACAUCUAUUACAACGACGUGUAUACCUUUAACCUGGACACGUUCACGUGGAGCAAGCUGUCCCCGUCGGGGAUGGGUCCCACACCCAGAUCAGGCUGCCAGAUGUCCGUCACUCCGCAGGGCAUCAUCAUCUAUGGGGGCUACUCGAAGCAGAGAAUCAAGAAGGACGUGGACAGAGGCACCCAGCAUGCAGACAUGUUCCUGCUGAAGCCCGAGGAUGGCAGGGAAGGCAAGUGGGUGUGGACUCGGAUGAACCCUUCAGGUGUCAAGCCCACUCCAAGGUCUGGCUUUUCAGUAGCCAUGGCGCCAAAUCACCAGGCGCUGCUCUUCGGAGGUGUCUGUGACGAGGAAGAGGAGGAGAGCCUGGAGGGAGACUUCCUCAAUGACCUGUACUUCUAUGAUGGCUCGAAGAACCGCUGGUUUGCGGGACACCUGAAGGGACCCAAAUCGGAGAGGAGGAGGCGUCGGCGGGGCAAGAAAGAGGAGCCAGAGACUGCAGGCCAGCAGGCGCAGGGGGGUGCCCCGGAGCCCCAGGAGGUGGUCCAAGAGGUGGUGGCCGAGGAUGGGACCGUGGUCACCAUUAAGCAGGUGCUCACCACUCCAGGCCCGGUGGAACAGCCUCCGUCCGAGGACGAAGACGGUGCCGAGGAUGCCAGCGACCCCGUGGUGGAGCCGUGUCCUCGCUCCAAUGCCAUGCUGGCUGUGAAGCAUGGGGUGCUCUAUGUCUACGGGGGCAUGUUUGAGGCUGGCGAUCGCCAGGUCACCCUCAGUGACCUGUACUGCCUCGACCUCCACAAGAUGGAGGAGUGGAAGGCCGUGGUGGAGACGGAUCCAGAUGCGCAGGAGUGGCUGGAGGAGUCAGACUCGGAUGAGGACAGCGAGGUCGAGGGCGCCGAGGGCGGAGGUGAGGACGAGGACCAUGACGGUGGUGAUGACAGCAGUGAGGACAGCGGCGCAGAGAGCAGAGGUGUCCUGGCGAGCUGAAGCGCUUAGAGAGCCUUGGCGCCUGGAGCAGAUGGACUGCUGCUGAGUGCAGGGCUUCUCUGAUGCAGACCCAGGUGUCCUGCAAUCCACCUGUGGGCCACUCCCUUGGCUGACUGUUUCUCUCGUCCCCAUCUUCCUCCUGGGUGAGAACUCCAGCACUCGGAGCUGGUGCCACCCAGUGCUUUCUUCACUGUCUGCCGGCGACUAGGCCGCAUCCGGUGGAGCUCGCCCAGGACAGCCUGGGGCCUGCCACCAAGAAGAGGAGAGUCCGAGCAGCAGCCCCGCCACAGCAGAGCUUUCUGUGUUGCCUUGGUCUAAGGCGUGGCCCUGGCCACCACACAUGAAAGCAGCAUGGUCUCACUCGCUCAGCCUCACUGUGUAUUGCUUAUAAUAAAUCAGACGUGAGCUGAGA